AAUUAAAAAAAACCAAAGAAAUUAAAAAAAAUGAAUACAUAAGAACACGGCUAAUAAACUCCAAAAUCUACAUUUUCUCGUCGUCCUUAUACUGCAGUAAAUGCUACAGGGAAUAAUUCAUAGAGAAAUAUAACCCAACCUUCGUCAUUUAUGUAAAGUCCUAACCACGAAACUAACUCACAAGCAGAAGGAGUCCAAAUAAGUUGGGGUACAAAUAUAAACACCCACGAAAUAAUGCAAAAAUUUCGCCGUUUUUUAUUAGAGAUUCACGAAUAAAAUGCCGAAGCAAUGGUAGAUGAAGAAAGAUCUUAAAAAUAUGUUGAAGAAUUAAAAUAAUUAUUAAUAGAAGAGUCCAAUUUUACUUUAAAAAUUGAUGGAAAUGACUUAUACUCUUAUGACAAGUUACUUUAUCAUCAAUUAAUAUGUUUCCCUGCUGAAAUAAUCUAAAUAUUCGAUAAAGUAGCACAAAAUUUAUUUGAAGAAUUUGCACAUUAAUCAAGAUCAGAAGAUGCUUUAUUAAAUGUUAAUAAAAUUCUAGUUGCAAUCGUAAAUCUCAAAUAUAGCUCAAAUUUAAGAGAAUUAAGUCCUAAAGACAUUUCCAGAUUGAUAUCUAUUAAAUGUAUCAUUAUCAGAGUUUCAGAAAUCUACCCUGAAAUGAAAUUAGCUGUUUUUAAAUGUACUAACUGCUAAAAUUUAGUACAUGUAACUUUAGAAAGAGCCCAUGUAGAAGAACCAAAUGAUUGCUCAAAUUGUAGAAUGAAAAACUCCUUUUAAAUCUAACAUAAUUUAUGUCAUUUUACUGAUAAAUAAUAUGUAAAAAUUUAAGAAAUGCCCGAAAAUGUUCCUGAAGGAGAAACUCCUCAUACACUUACUUUAAUGGCUUACGAUGAAUAAUUAGUUGAUAAAAUAAGACCUGGUGAUAAAGUAGAAGUCGUAGGUGUAUAUAGAGCUGUUGGAGUAAGAACAAGUCGACAAAAAAGAAGUUUAAAGCAAGUUUAUAAUACUUAUAUUGAUGUAGUUUCUUAUUCUUAGUUGAGAUAAUCGAAUGCAUAAGAUGAAUAUGUAUAUUAUCCUGAAUAAAUUAGAUAAAAGUUUUUCUCUUUAGCAAAUUAAAAUAUAUACGAAAUCCUCACUAAAUCUUUUGCACCGAAAAUAUGGGAAAACACAGAUGUAAAGAAAGGUUUAUUAUGUUAACUAUUCGGAGGAGCAUUCAAAAAUAAAGAAGAAGGUAUAAAAAGAAGAGUCCGUUCUGAAAUAAACGUCCUAUUAGUAGGAGAUCCUUCCGUAGCGAAAUCCCAAAUGCUAAAAUAUGUCCAUAAUUUAGCACCUAGAGGUAUUUAUACUUCUGGAAAAGGAUCAUCAGCAGUGGGUUUAACAGCAUAUGUAUCAAAAGAUCCUGAAACAAAAGAGUUAGUAUUAGAAAGUGGGGCCUUAGUACUAAGUGACUUAGGUAUUUGUUGUAUCGAUGAAUUCGAUAAAAUGGACGAGAAUACAAGGACUAUAUUACAUGAAGCAAUGGAAUAAUAAACGAUUUCAAUAGCUAAAGCAGGUAUUGUAGCUUCAUUAAAUGCAAGAACAUCUAUAUUAGCAGGUGCAAAUCCUAUAGAAUCAAAAUAUGAUCCUAAAUAGUCAGUUAUUUAGAAUAUUAAUUUACCUCCAAGUUUGAUGUCUAGAUUUGAUUUAAUUUAUAUUCUUUUAGACAAUCAAGAUUUAGUAAAAGAUACCAAUUUAGCUGCUCAUAUUUUGAAUUUAUUCACUGAUGAUCCAUCUUUUGAAAAAAAUAAUUAAAGAAAUACUUAACAAUUAAAUAAUAAUAAUAAUGAUGAAAACUAAAUUUAAUUAAUGGACUAAAAAACCCUUCUUCAAUACAUAAAUUUUGCUAGAUAAGAAAUUCAUCCUAAAUUAAGUGAAAAAGCUUGCGAUAAACUUAUUGAAGGAUAUGUAAAUAUGAGAAAACUUGGUAUGAAUACUAAAGUUAUUACUUCUACUACUAGAUAAUUAGAAUCUUUAAUAAGAAUAUCUGAAGCUCUAGCUAAAAUGAAACUUUCUGAUAUUGUCGAAGAAGAAGAUGUAAACGAAGCAAUUAGAUUAAUUAAAGUUUCCACCUAAAGCGCUGCAACUGAUCCUACUACUGGCCUUAUAGAUAUCGAUAUGUUAAAUACAGGUAUUACUGCUUAAUAAAAAGCGAAGUAUGAAAAAGUUUGUGAUGUUAUUAAAAGUUUAUUAGUUUCUAAUUAAGCUGAAUUUGUAAAAGGAAUAAAUAUGAAUUAAUUAAAAUAAUUAAUUGCUAAUAAAGAAGGAUCAAAUGAUGUUGGUUUAAUUGAAGAAAAAGACAUUAUUACUGCUCUUAGAAUGCUAGAUGAAUCUAAUAAUAUAAUAGUACUCGGGCAUUCAAAAAAUAUUAUUGUUAAAUUAGGAACUCAUAAUGCUAAUGAUUGA